AUGUCCCUUCUUGUGGCCUGUGCGUCCGUCGACUGCUCUGCUUGGGCCGUAUCUUAUCAAUUCCUCCGCGGCAGUGUCACUGUGUCUCAACCCAUCUCUCCAUCGCGGUUUAAAAGCCCAUCACAUCUAUCCCGUGUCAUCACCGACUUGAACUUGCAAUACCCCGUAUCCAUAAUCCAUUGCCAUCCCAGGACUUCAUCCCUUGCUAUGGACCUCCUAUCAGGCUCAAGCCAAGACCAGCCCGUCUACGAGGUCCUUCGCAUCAACAAGCGCAAAGGCACCACCACAACCACCAUAGACCGCACCGACCCGUCCACCGGCCACAGCUACCCGAUCUACAUGGUCUUCUACAUGCAAGACCAAAACCUCCUCGAGCUGCGCCACGCCGACCCCCGCCUGCAGAACCCGGACUGCACCCCGCUCGCCGCCGUCAAGUUCCACUCCCUCUCCUCCAAGCUCGACCUCACCCUCCGCGGCCACCCCUUCCGCAUGGCCCGCCCCCACCUCCUGUCCGGCAGCCACGCUUUCCGCUACGGCCCCGCCGCGCCCGAGCUCAAGUGGAAGGAGCGCUCCGAGUUUAGCAGCGACCUCGUCCUGGUCGAUGGGUGGGGCGUAAUGCUCGCCCGGUAUAGGAGGAAGGUCAGGGACGGGUACGGGUACAAGGGGCCCGGGUUUGAGCUCUUUGUGCCGCCGCAUGUGAUUGAUCUUGAUUUGGUUGUCGCUACGGGUAUGGCUGCCUCUAGGUACCAUAAACGUGAGGAGGAGGUGGUUGUGGCGGCUGUUGGCGAGGCUGUGAGCAGCGCUGAGUGA